GAUUUGGUGAGUGAAAACAAAAUGUGACGUGGCUGUUAUCCUUCUGGCUUAAAAAAGAACAAGAAAAUCUGUCAUUUUACUGUUUACCAGUGAACUAAAAGGCGUUUAACGCUCAGAAACAUACGCGCAAACCGAAAUAAAUAAGACAAACCUUUCGUAUUGAUGACUUUGGGAAGGAAGCUGUUAGCAGGCUGGGGUAACGUUAACUGCUAGCAUCAAGACUUUGACAGGAGAAAAGGCAUGCACUAGGACAUUAACAUGUCAGACAGUGAAGCUACAGCAGUGGGGGCUCCAGAGGGGGCACCAGAGGUACAUGAUGCCUCUCCUGCAGAAACGGCCGACAGCUCCUCACCAACCACACCUGACAACUCAACUGAUGUGGCCCCAACGAGGAAAGCCAGGAGGAGACCAGACGUCAAACCUACAGCAGAAGUUGAGGAGAUGCGGAAAGUAGAGGAGCAGCCAGCAAAGGCCUCGACACCCAGUGAGUCCACUGUGUCUCAGGGUGGUUGGGGAUACUGGGGCAGCUGGGGCAAAUCCAUCUUAUCCACAGCAACAGCUACUGUGGCCACUGUGGGCCAAGGGCUCACUCAGGUGAUAGAGAAGGCAGAGACCUCGCUGGGAAUCCCCAGUCCCACCGAACUCUCAGCGCAAGUUGACGAAGAGCAGAAAGAGCAUGGUGAAACCAGCAGUGAGACAGACAACGUGGCAGGAGAUGGAUCAGCAGCAGUAGGAAGUGCAAUGGGAAUGCUGACUUCACUAACCAGCGUCGUCCAGAGCACAGGGAAAACGGUGAUUACGGGCGGUCUGGAUGCUCUGGAGUUCAUCGGAAAGAAGACGAUGGAUGUGAUAGCAGAAGGUGAUCCCGGCUUUAAGAAGACCAAAGGACUGAUGAUCAGGAACUCCACACUGUCUCAGGUGUUGAGGGAGGCGAAGGAGCGAGAGGAGCUGCAGACAGCAGAAAAAGAUUUUUCGGAUUCUGAGAAGAAAGUGGUCGCUCACUAUGGGAUGCUGUUUGAUGAAUUUCAGGGUCUGUCACACCUCGAGGCACUUGAGAUUUUGUCUCGAGAGAGUGAGUCUAAGGUGAAGUCUGUGCUCACGACUCUAUCAGGAGACGAGCUGGUUCAACUCAGACAAGAGCUGGAGCUCAUCAAGGAGUCUUUCUCCCUGGUGGAGUUCGAUGAUGAGGAAGUAGAUGAGAAGAAAGAUGAAGACGGCUCAGAGUUUGAGAAGGAGUUAACGGAGGCUUUGGAGGGUCUCAGUGUCACGGCCACAGCUGACAAACUCAGCAAGGCCUGUAAGAACACCUGCGGUCAGAUCGCUGACAUGACCAGACCAGAGAAGGAAGAGGAAGAGGGUGAGGAGGAUGUAUUGAAGACACUUUCUGUUGAGGAGGUUCACGCUGCAGCCAUCAGGAGUCUAGCAGAGCUGACGGCUCGAUCCAUCGAGCUUUUCCACAAACUGGCGGAGAUGACCCUCUUCUCCAAUGGCAGCACAGAGGCCAGCAUUCUGUCACAGUUAACUGUCAUCCUGUGUAAGGAAAUCUCACUGCUGUCCAAGAAGUUCACCUCCUGCUUAACAACAACAGGGUCAAACGAGAAGGGAGAUGUCCUCAAUCCACUGAUAACAGGAGUCUUUUUAGAGGCGUCCAACAGUGCGUCUUACAUCCAGGAUGCCUUCCAGCUGUUGAUGCCCAUCCUGGAGAUCUCCCACAUCCAGAGGAGAUCUGAAUCCACGGAGCAGUGACCGGCUGGCUUCACCUCUGCCCUCCAACACUGCCAUGAUGCUGGGACUUUGUCUCAGCAGAGAACUGACACAUCUUCAAAACUUUUUAAAGGACAAAAUUAAUUUCACACUUAGGAGCAAAAGUGUGUUUCUGUCAGUGUUAACUUUUUGUUGCACUAUUAGUUUAAUUGUUAAGAACAGUAGAUGGACUCAUUGAUGAAAGGUGUUGAGGACGGUUUGGAUCUAAUGGUAUUAAGCUUGGAAAUGUAUUGUUCCUCCUUCUGUUCUAUCAUGUUUCUUUCUGACAGUACUUGUCCUCUCAAUUCUGCCUUGGAGAACACAUAAAAAGAGACAUACAGGUUUGGAAAUCCAAGGGUUAUUUGUUUAAAAAGGUGUUUCAUGAUAAAUAGUCACAUAUAUUGAGAAUGUAUUUUUUUUCUCUUGACCACACAUAGAAUAAUUGGUUCUAAUUCUAUGCAUUUCUUUCAUAAACACCGAUGCUGGAGCUGAGUGUCUUUGGAUGUGAUGACCAAGUACUGAACAGACAGACAAUGUUGGGACUUUUCACCAUCUCUGUCGCCAGCGGGUCACCGUAUAUGUGGCAAACUGGGUUCUAGCUCACUCAAGAAGCCUUGAAUUACUUAUUCCAGUCUCCAACAUACAGAUGACCGUUCUUUCAGUUUUUGACAACCUUGGCAUCAUCCUCAAAUCAAGGGCAAAGUGACUGUAAUUAGCUUACAGUAUAUCUAACGAUACAUGUGGUAGAGGAAAGGGUUUACUACCGUAUUUGCAACUUAACUGUUUUGCCUCUAUCUAUAUUUGCUUGUUUUAUCAGCUGCAAUCUGCAAAUACUAGGCAUCUUCACAAGUUUUUAGUUACUCUCCAUAUACAUAGCCCCAGAUGUUAAGACUAAAGAUUUUGAGUCAAUACUGUUUUAAUUGCAGUGAAACUACUCUGUAAUUGAAAAAAAACAAAAACAUUCUAGUCUCAAGCUUUGCCGUGGUAGAAUCGUAGAAUACAAAAACAGUGAACCAGACUAUAAGAGGCAGGACUUGUUUGGCCACACAGCUUCUGUUUUAAUGAACAAUGGUUGGAUGACUUGCAACAGUGUCACAAUUCUUUCCCAGUCACUGAUAUAUUUGACACAACUUGCAGCUCUCUUCUCUUCUAUUGGACUGGGUUAUAUAUAUCUGAUCUCCAGUUAGAGAAAUACGCAGACAUACAGAUUGCAAAUCUGUCUUAACAUCUCUCUUUAUUGUCAUCAAAUUCCUUAUUCAUGAAACAUCAGCAGAACUUCAGGUGUUUAUUAAUCAACAGAGGAACUUCUAUCUAACAUGAAUAUUGUAGUUGUCUUCUUUAAGCCUGUGACCUCCAGAUUUUUUUAUAUUGAACUGCUAACAGCUGUAUGUUGUGGACAUAUAAAGUGAUAUUUUCAAGCAAUAUAAUGUACUGCAUAUCAUAUAUUUUAAAUGUUUUUAAAUAAAUGUGGUUACAUAUAGG